AGAGAGAGAGAGAGGAGAGAGAGAGAGAGAGAGAGAGAGUUUUCCAGCCGUCCGCCAGCCUCACUUCGUCACCAGCGAGAGACACACGCACACACGACACACGCUCUCAACCUUCCAGUACAUACAAGCGAUGGCCGUGGUGGAAAGACUACCUAUCCCGUGCCUCAAGCUGGGAGAAGGACCUCACUGGCUGCCUCAAGAGAACUGCCUCCUGUUUGUUGAUGUCUUCACGAAGGCACUGAGAAAAUACUACGUGGACACCAAGAAGGAGGAAGUCUUGCAUUUAGAUGACCCAGACGCCCACAGAGCAGCGAUGGUCAUGCCCGUGGAAGGUGAAGACCAAGUAUACAUUGUCGGCCUUGGAAAAACCCUCUCAGUCGUUCAUCCGCAUAUGAAUGAUGGGAAGUGUGAUGCCAAGGGAAGACUCUGGUUUGGCACCAUGACGUACCUGGAUGAGAAGGAGGUCCCCGCAGGUCACGAGGACUCCUCUCUGUACAGGUGUGACCAAGAUUUGCAGGUGACUCUCUGGAAAGACAAGGUGACAAUAUCCAACGGGCUGGCGUGGAGUCUGGACCACAAGUUCAUGUACUACGUAGACUCCACACCGGGACUCAUCUACGUGUUUGACUAUGACCUGCAGAAGGGGACGGCAGCCAAUCCCCGCGUUCUCUUCAGCUUCAAAGAAAACGGACUAGGAGGGGAGUCACCAGAUGGUAUGACGAUCGAUACUGAUGGAAAUUUGUGGGUUGCUUGCUUCGGUGGCGGCCAGGUUAUCUGCAUAAACCCAGUCACACGCAAGGUUACCCGGAAAGUGCCUGUCCCUUCACCAAACGUCACCUCAGCUUGCUUCGGCGGACCUGACCUGGCUACUCUGUUCAUCACGACUGGUACACUUAGACUGAGUGAGCAAGAGAGAGCGCAGUAUCCAGAGGCGGGCUCCACGUAUGCUGUGACAGGGCUGGGUGUGAAGGGGCUGCCCGCUAAUGUUUUCAAGUGUGAUUUGGGGAAAUUGAAAGAGGUGAUGAAGGAUCACCAUGACAAUUGCUCUCUCUCUCUCUCUCUCUCUCUCUCUCUCUCUCUCUGGUUUAGAUCGUCAGCCGGUUCAGUCGUUGUCUUGUUCGCUCUCCGUCAAGAGGCUAAAAUGGCAGAGGAGGGCGUGCACAUCCAGCAGGUGGCACCAAAAGGCCUCAUCAUCGGCGAGGGGCCCCACUGGGUGAUGGACCGCCGCUGUUUGCUCUUUGUUGACAUAAACAGAGGCGAAAUACACCGACUUUUUACUGACACGGGAAGACACCAGAAACUGCACGUGGAACCAGACGGCGCAGGGGGCACUCUCUCCUUCGUGGUCCCGGUCAAGAAUCACCCUGACUUAUACGCGGUGGGGCUGGGGAGGUCAGUGACGCUGGUGGAAUGGCCUGAGACUGACCCAGACACCCACACGAGGAAGGCUAAGGUCACGCUGCACACGGUAGAGAGUGACACACCUACCAAUAGAUUUAAUGACGGGAAGUGUGACCCCCGUGGCAGACUGUGGGCAGGCACAAUGGGUCAAGAAACUGCCCCGGGAGUGUUACCCAUGGCAAAAGGUCAUAUCUACUGCCUCCACAAUGACCUGACCUUGGAUUGCGCCGUGGACAAGAUCAAUCUCAGCAACGGGUUAGCCUGGAGUCAUGACAAGAAGACCUUCUACUAUAUAGACUCCAUUGCUUAUUCUGUGGAUGCCUUUGACUAUGAUGAUGCUACGGGAAAGAUUGGUAACCGUCGCAAACUUGUGGAUUUCAAGGCGGAGGGAUUAGUUCCAGAUAUUCCUGACGGCAUGUGUAUAGAUACCAAUGGUGACCUAUGGGUGGCCUGCUUCUAUGGGGCCAAGGUCAUCUGCAUCGACCCAAGGGCAAGAAAGAUCAAGCGCAAGAUCACAAUGCCUGCCAAGAAUAUAACCUCAGUCUGUUUCGGAGGUCAAGACUACACUACCCUCUAUGUGACUUCCGGCAGCCUUGGCCUGACCCCGGAGGAGGUUGAGGGGCAGCCAGCCGGGGCCACCUUUGCUGUGACUGGGCUUGGGGUGAAGGGAACUCCCCCAGAGGAGUUUGUUAUUGAUGAAGGGGUGCUUAAGGCUAGGCUAGGGUGAGGGGGUGAGGGAGAUGGGUGAGAGAUGGGGGUCGGAAGAGGGAGAAGAGAGGGGACAUUAGAGAGGAGUGGGGAGAGAAAGAGAUGAUUUGUUUUUCUUAGUAAAGGAAUAAUUGUUGGUGUUGGUUUAAGUUGUGGGUAAAGGAAUGAUUUUUGUUUUGGUGUUUUAGUAAAGGAAUUGUUUUGUUUACUUUUAUUUUAGUGAAAGAUUGUUUUGUUUAGAUUUUUAGUGAAGGACUUGUUGCUUUAUAAUUUUGUUUCAGUAAAGAAAUUAUUGUUUUGUUUACUUUUGGUUGGUUUUAGUAAAGGAAUUUAUUUAUUUAUUUUUUUACUUACAAUUUGGAUAAGUGAAUGAUAGUUUUGCAAGUGAUAUUUAAUUAAAGGAAUAUUGUGUUGCAUCUUUUUAUAGUGUUUACUAAAUGUUAUCUUUUUGGUGGUACUUAAAUGAAUUAGAUUUCUUUUUAUAUUUACUUAAAGGAAUAGUCUUUUGGUGGCAUUUACUUAAAGGAAUGCUAAUUUCUGCAACAUCCUUUAUGGUAUUAAGUUAAACAAAUGUCAUUUUCUGGUGGUACUUGAAAGAAACAUUACAUUUCUUGUUUGUUUUUAGUAAAGAAAUCCCACACAA